GACUCAAAGUGAAUCACUUUCCACCAAAGGGCUACGCAAAAGUCACACGUUCUUCGUUUCCACCGCCACACUGUCAGUCUCCGGAGUUUCCUAAGCGAAGACACGAAAAACAUUUUCUCUGUUUUUGCUUUAUAAAAGCGCCGGAAGCAAAGCCUCAUUGUCAUUUCUGGCUUCUCUUUUACCUUCGAUUCUAUUGCUUCGCGGAGUCUCCAGAGGACCUCUCAUGGCUGCCGUUGCCGGAUCCAACGUUGUUACCUUCAAAUCCGCCGCAAUUUCUGCCAAGCUUUCCGAUCAAAAACUUGGUCAGUUUCGCCAAUGGUCUCCUGUUCAGGCUCCAUCUCGGCCUUGCGUUAGGCUUCAGUGUAGACGUGGCAGCAGCCGCUCAUUCACUUCUUCUGCAGGAGUAAGAGCUCUGGUUGCCACUGUUGAACAAGCAAGUACUCAUUCAACUCAAAAUGUGGAAGCUCCUGUAGCUGUAGUUACUGGAGCCUCCAGAGGAAUUGGCAGAGCAAUUGCAUUGUCCCUAGGGAAAGCAGGUUGCAAGGUCCUGGUAAAUUAUGCUAGGUCAUCAAAGGAAGCUGAAGAAGUUUGCAAAAAGAUUGAGGCAUGUGGUGGUCAGGCACUUACUUUCGGUGGGGAUGUUUCAAAAGAAGAUGAUGUGGAAUCAAUGAUCAAAACUGCCACUGAUGCAUGGGGUACCAUUGACAUAUUAAUUAACAAUGCAGGAAUCACCAGGGAUACCCUGUUGAUGAGAAUGAAGAAAUCACAAUGGCAGGAGGUUAUUGAUCUGAAUCUUACUGGUGUAUUCCUCUGUACACAGGCAGCAGCCAAAAUCAUGAUGAAGAAGAGAAAGGGAAGGAUAAUCAAUAUAGCAUCAGUUGUUGGUCUGGUUGGGAAUAUUGGCCAAGCCAAUUACAGUGCUGCAAAGGCAGGAGUUAUUGGCCUGACAAAGACAGUUGCAAAGGAAUAUGCAAGCAGAAACAUUAAUGUCAAUGCUGUUGCGCCAGGAUUCAUUGCAUCUGAUAUGACUGCCAAACUUGGGGAAGACAUUGAGAAGAAGAUCUUAGAGACAAUCCCCUUAGGAAGAUAUGGCCAACCAGAUGAAGUUGCUGGACUGGUAGAAUUCUUGGCCCUCAACCCAGCUGCUGGUUACAUGACUGGACAGGUGCUCACCAUCGAUGGGGGAAUGGUUAUGUAGGUCAAUUGCACACCGCUUCUGGUUAAGUUUCAGAGUUUAAUUGCUAACUCUCAAAUUACAGAUCAACUGGUUAGAACUGAUUUGGUGUACUCUUCAUUCAGGCAGUUUUGACUUAAUGUUGUUGCAUAAUAAACCACUCAGACAAGUUUAGAAAGAAUUUUAUUCAAGCAUGUCACAGUCGUCGUUGUGGCUUCAUUUGGCAAUGGGGAAAUGUAGUUUUUGGGAUGAUUCAUACUGCUAUCUUAUUCACUUUGUUAGAUUCCAAAAUGCAAUUCAUGCUGUCAUGUCAUAUCAAGGAUGGCAUUUCUGGAA